AUGCAGGUCGAGAAUUGCAUCUCGCCGGCGAGUGAACUCUCCAAGAAAUUUAUGAAUGUGGGCAGUGGCUUCUCCAGCUCCGAUGGAUCAGAGCUUCCGUUGCAGGACCAUCCUAUUAUAUCUGCGAGUGACAACCUGGAGAGAAGUUCACCUCUGAAAAAAAACUCCAGGGAGAUGACGAAUCAGUCAGAAGCAGACAAUUUUCCCGACUCCAAGGACGCAUCAGGGGACGUCCAGAGGGGCAAACUCUCUCCUGAUCUUCACGGAGUCUCUGACAUCCGUCAUAAUUUCGAUGGAUCUGCAGGAGAAAGGUGCAUCUUUUCUCCAUCCGCACAGCCUCAGCCAGUCUCAGCAGCCACCAUGUUUCCUUACCCGAGCCAGCAUGGACCAGCGCACCCGGCUUUCUCCAUUGGAAGCCCCAGCCGCUACAUGGCCCAUCAUCCGGUAAUAACUAACGGAGCUUACAACAGCCUUCUGACCAACACUUCCCCACAAGGCUACGCUGCGGCCGGCUACCCUUACGCGCAGCAGUAUGGACACACGUACCAAGGAGGGGCUUUUUACCAGUUCUCCUCCGCGCAGGCUGGACUGGUGCCGGGGAAGGCGCAGGUGUACCUGUGCAACAGGGCCCUGUGGCUCAAGUUCCACAGGCACCAGACGGAGAUGAUCAUCACAAAGCAGGGACGACGAAUGUUUCCUUUUUUAAGCUUCAACAUCUCUGGCCUCGACCCAACUGCUCACUACAAUAUUUUUGUGGAUGUAAUACUCGCUGAUCCAAAUCACUGGCGAUUUCAAGGAGGAAAGUGGGUGCCAUGUGGGAAAGCAGACACAAAUGUGAUAGGAAACAGGGUUUACAUGCACCCGGACUCACCAAAUACCGGUGCGCACUGGAUGCGUCAAGAAAUCUCUUUUGGAAAGCUAAAGCUCACAAACAACAAAGGUGCCUCCAACAACACAGGGCAGAUGGUGGUCCUCCAGUCUCUCCACAAGUACCAGCCCAGGCUCCAUGUGGUGGAAGUAAACGAGGAUGGGACAGAGGACACGAGCCAACCAGGACGAGUGCAGACGUUCACCUUCACAGAGACGCAAUUCAUCGCAGUCACAGCCUACCAGAACACCGACAUUACGCAGCUGAAAAUUGACCACAACCCGUUCGCCAAAGGAUUCCGGGACAACUACGACACUGUCUACACAGGCUGCGACAUCGACCGCUUAACUCCAUCACCGGGUGACUCUCCGCGUUCACAGAUCGUGCCGGGUGCGAGAUAUGCCAUGCCUAGCUCUUUCCUACAGGACCAAUUUGUCAGCACUUAUGCCAAAUCUCGCUUUCACCCUGGCGUGGGGACCGGGCCUGGCACGGAGCGCAGCGUCCCACUCGGCAACAGCUUGCUCUCCCCGCAGCAGAGCGAGGAGCCCACUGUUGCCACCCCCCCGCAGCGAUGGUUUGUCACCCCUGCCAACAACCGACUGGACUUUGCUGCCUCGGCAUACGACGCGGCGGAUUUCGCCGGUAACGCGGCCACCUUGCUGUCCUACGCGGCGGCCGGAGUGAAGGCUCUUCCCCUGCCGACUGCGGGCUGCUCCAACCGGCCUCUUGGCUAUUACGCAGACCCGUCGGGCUGGGGAGGACGCACGCCGCCGCAGUACUGCGGCGUCAACAGCAAAUCCAGCUCGGUCUUUUCCUGCUGGCCCGCUAACUCUCUCGGCGGGAGAGCGGGAGCCAACUACCUGUCCGAGGAGGGAGACUCCGUCCCCACGGAGAGGUCACCGAUCGGCGGCUCGGAGGAGACCAAACCCAAAGACAUGACGUCAGAGUCGAGCUGGAUAGAGACGCCGUCGUCGAUAAAGUCCAUCGAUUCGAGCGAUUCUGGGAUCUUUGAGCAGGCCAAAAGGAGGAGAAUCUCACCUUCUGCUACGCCUGUUUCAGAGACUGUGUCCCCGCUCAAGUCUGAGCUGCUGGCACCCAGAGAGUGUGAGAAAAACUGCACAAAGGACAUUGGUUACUACAGUUUCUAUCCUCACAGUUAA